AUGGGUACGACAUGCUCUGGCUCCGAGCCCUCCGGCCCCCCCGACGAGACCGAAACCCCUGAUGCUCUUAACCCUUCAUCAUCUACGUGCACUGAAGGUGCAGAGUUGCCAGGUUCAAAAAUGAUGGAGAAGGCAAUGGCAGAGGAGGAAAGGAAGAGGCAUGCAGCAGAGAGGAAGCUGCUAGAAAAAUGGAAAGAAUUGAUCGAGUCGGAGAAAGAUAGGGGACUGUGUCCAGGCCUAAAGGACCUAGAUAAUAUGGAACUAGACGACCCUCAAAAGUUCGUAAAUCAUAUUGCAGAGAGGAGGAGUAAGAAACGGCUGUUCGUGUGCUGUGAUGGGACACUACAAGACGCAGCCGGCAAAUACAUUGCACCCCAAUCCAACGUUGCAAGGCUUGCCAGGAGCGUACACCGAAUUGGCGAUGACCCCAUUGAUAGUGGCACGGUGGGAGGAGUCCCGCAGCUUGUCUACUAUUCAAGUGGUAUAGGGAGUCAUUCGGCACUACACUUAGACGGCAUUUUUGCUGCAGUCACUGGAAAAGGGUUCAGCAGCACUAUAUUAAAUGCGUAUUGCUUUAUUAGCAAUAACUACAGUCCAUCUCUAAGGGAUGAUAUCAUUCUUGUUGGAUACUCACGCGGUGCUUUCGCGAUGCGAUGCUUGGCUCACUUUAUCAGCGAAGUCGGCCUGCUUCUUCGAAGAGGGCUGGGAUUCGUAGGCGUAUUCUACGAUCUCUGGCUAAGAGAUGACAAAGAGGCACUUGAGAGCAAGAAGCUUGACCUCAACCAUCUGUUCUUCACAGACGUCAAAAUUCAAGUGCUUGCCGAAUGGGACCCUGUCAAUUCAUUGAUUUGGUCACCAUUCAGAAGCAGCAACCGUCUAAUUCGCGAGACAACAAUAGUACCAAAGAAGGUCAAAAAUGCGUUUGUUGCCAUAUCCCUUCAUGAGAAAAGAUGGGCUUUUCGGCCAGUGGUAUGGGAGCAUAGAAGAACCUAUGCAAAUAAGGAUAAUAACCAAAACGUACAACAAUGUGCAUUUCUAGGAAGCCAUAGCGAUAUAGGAGGCAGCAAGGACGCCGGACUCUCUACGAUAUCCUUGUUCUGGAUGGUUGCAAAGAUUAAAGAGGCUUCUAGCGCCCGGUUUGACUAUCGUAUUUUGGAAGGAAUAUUUAUCCCUGAGAAGAAAGUUCAAGGGAUACAAAGACUGCUCACUCCAUGGAAAAAGGUAGACUUCGGCUUAUCGAACCAAAUGGUCUCCAAAGGGAAUGUUAGCGAAACGUCUUGUCUAUGGCAUUUACCCAACUACCUGACCUUGCGACUCUUUUUCAAAGGGAAUCGAAGACAGUUACUCAUGAAAAUGGCAAAUCAUCCACGACAAUUUCGAUGCUCGUGCCAGCCGGAGCAAAAGAACUUGGAGCAAGCAAAUUCCGAUAAGAAAACGCCACCGAAACUAGCGGGCCUCGAGAAGUGCGGAUUGGAUAUUCAUAAAACAGUACGCAUAAUGAUCAAGCAUAGGGCUGGCCAUAGCAAGCCUGAAUCUCUGAGCGGUUUUGAGUUUCGGCACAAUAUACACCGUUGGACCUUGAAGAAAAACCGAGACGUUGGACUGCAAGAGACAGAACUGAUGAAAGAGGAAUUAGCCCUACUUAAGGAUUGGGUUUGGGGUGUUAGGGUGCUCGAGGAGAUAAUUGAAGAGAUGUGGGACAUACCAGGGGAUGAGAUUGAACACAAUGAUUCUACACUACAGGAGGGUCAGAAGGAAGAAGAGGACAUCGGAAACUGGAAAAAGGCCAUCAGAAAGGAGGGUACGUCUGGAUUAAAGAGGCUUGGUCCAGAUAGCGGAUCUCUUGCUCAAUUCUUAGAUGGGUUCUUUGAGCUACCCGGGCCGAAGUCAUAG